AUGCCCGUAGGCUCAAACAACAGCAUCCGCUCGCGCAACCUCCGCGCCGCCAAGGAGUCCGAGGUGCUCCUCUGGCGUGCGCUCUGCGACUCGGGCGAGGAUGCCAAAGAGUACAUCGAGGCAGACUGCUCGAUGAUCAACCCGCUGGUGCACCCCUCGGGCGAGAACACGCCGCUGCACUCGAAGAGCGAGCCCAGCCUCAUGGAGGCCAUGGACAAGCUGGAGCCCUGGAGCACCUAUCGCAUGCACAAGGACCCGGAGCCCCAGAUCGUGGAGAUAGACAUGAUGGCUGUGCAGAUCAUGUACCGGGUCACGGUGCAGCGCGUCGACGACGCGGGCAGGACCAAGCCGUACAGCGUCGACGCUCUCGUCACGAGCACGUGGAGGCAGGGCGCCGGGGGCGAUUGGAAGCUGUGCGGGCAGAUGUGCGUCCCGGAGUGA